AUGAUGAUGAUGAUGAUGAUGAUGAUGAUGAUGGUAAAAUCUAAGUCACCUCACCAAGUCCACUCCCUCCUCGUACGAACUUCCAUGCUGCAGGACCCUCACGUGGAUUCGCUUCUUUAUUCCGUCACCAAUUUCCUCGUAACCUACCAAAAAAGAGCUCACAGCACCUCAACCUCCCCAGACCUAAGCUCCAAAAAUCCCCUUCUAACCGACUUCCUCAUGAAAUCCCUUGAAUUCCCCCACCACAAAGCGGUUACUAUUUCCAGCCGGUUCCCGCGUGAAUCCAUACAAAAGCCCGAAUUGGUUAUCCGCUACUUCAAAUCCCUUGGCCUCUCCACCGCCCAUAUGCAGUCAGCAGUCAGACGCGAACCACUUGUCUUAUACGCAGAUGUUGACAAGAUCCUCAAGCCCAAAGUCGACUUCUGUCAAAAACUGGGCCUGCGUGGACCCCACCUGCCCAUCCUAAUCUCCAAGAACCCGAAACUCCUAACCAGCAGCCUCGACAAAAAGCUAAAACCGAGCAUCGGGGUCAUCAAGAGAGUCCUUGAGUGCUACCGGGGAAAAGUACAGAUGACGAAAUUAACCUUCUCCUUUUCCAGAUACUCUCAAGGUACAGCUGGGACAUUGGGAAUGAGGCGAGACUGGAGUCCAACAUAG